GUGAGACACUCUUUUUAUCUUCAAAGAAGAGUUCCUGAAGGGCAUCGUAAAAUUUUAAUCAUUUUCCUGACAGAAUCACAGCAUGUCAGUUACAGGGCUAGGUGAUGCUGGUAUGUAUCGCAUAGAAACUGAUAGUUUUGGAGAUAUACUGGUUCCAGCUAACAAAUACUAUGGUGCUAACACAGCUCGGUCAUUGAUAAAUUUCAACAUUGGUGGUCCAUCAGAGCAGAUGCCAAUACCAGUGAUAAAGGCUCUAGCUAUUCUGAAGUGUUGUGCUGCUAGAGUAAAUGAAGAAUUGUUAAAACGAGAUCUAUCUAAAGCCAUUCAAGAGGCAGCAGAGGAGGUAUUGAAGGGAGGACUAAAUGAACAUUUUCCACUUGUUAUCUGGCAGACCGGCUCAGGUACCCAGAGUAAUAUGAACAUGAAUGAGGUACUCAGUAACAGGGCUAUCAAGAUACUAGGAGGAGAACUUGGCAGUAAAUCACCUGUACACCCGAAUGAUCAUGUUAACAUGAGUCAGAGUUCUAAUGAUACAUUCCCAACAGCGAUGCAUAUAGCAGUUGCUAUGGAGAUACAUGAGAGGUUGUUACCAGGGUUACAGAUGUUACAUGAUGCUUUAAAAUCAAAAUGUGAAGAGUUUAAAGACCUUGUGAAAAUAGGGAGAACUCAUACACAGGAUGCUACCCCAUUGACAUUAGGUCAGGAGUUUAGUGGGUAUGUACAACAGAUAAUAAAUGGUAUAGACAGAGUGAAGACUACACUACCUAGACUUUAUCAACUGGCUGCUGGUGGUACUGCAGUUGGCACUGGCUUGAACACUAGAAUAGGAUUUGCAGAAAAAAUAGCAGCUGAAGUAGCAAAAUACACAGAUAUACCGUUUGUAACUGCCCCAAACAAGUUUGAAUCUCUUGCUGCCCAUGAUGCUAUGUUAGAAGUCCAUGGUGCCUUAAAUGUGGUGGCUACAAGCAUUAUGAAAAUUGCCAAUGAUAUACGGUUCCUGGGUUCAGGACCCAGGUGUGGACUAGGUGAACUAAGUCUGCCAGAGAAUGAACCAGGAAGCAGUAUCAUGCCAGGGAAGGUGAAUCCUACUCAGUGUGAAGCUAUUACCAUGGUGUCAGCUCAGGUGAUGGGAAAUCAUGUGGCUGUGACAAUAGGUGGAAGUAACGGCCAUUUUGAACUGAACUGCUUCAAACCAAUGAUGGUCAGUAAUGUACUUCAAUCUGUACGUCUACUGGCUGAUGCUAGUGUGUCAUUCACUAAGAACUGUGUGAAUGGUAUAAAAGCUAAUCGAGAUGUUAUAGGAAGAUUGCUCAAUGAGUCACUGAUGCUCGUCACAGCUUUAAAUCCUCAUAUAGGGUACGACAAGGCAGCUGAAAUAGCCAAAACUGCACAUAAAGAUGGGACCACUCUGAAAGCUGCAGCUUUGAAAUUAGGAUAUUUAACGGAUGAACAGUUUGAUAGCUGGGUGAAACCAGAGCAAAUGUUGGGACCAAAGUAACUAAUUGUGAUAAUGUGAUUAUAAUAGUUGGGACUAAACUUGACACUAUUGUGCCUUAUAUACUUAUUCCAUUUAAUUGUGAUACCAUAAGGUGCUUUAUUUAAAAUAUAGUAUAAUUUGGAUACGGGAAAAUUUCUGGUCAUUUGAAAGUGUACGGAAUAAAGGUUGUUUUUUGUUUAAUUUUCAAGUCUCAAUUUUAUUUUAGGUGAAUUUGCAUUUUACGUGAAUUUGCAUUUUCUUUUUGUUAUUUUUGAAUGUUUUUCAUUUACAUUUAUAUCAAAAGUGUUUUACAAUAUAUUAGUUUUAGGAUGAAGUCAAUUUAUCCAAUUUUGAUGUUUUUACUAACAUUUUGAUAUAAAUAUUUCAUUCCCACCUCACUACUUUUAUGAUUACCAGUAAGUUACUUAAGUUUAUAACUAC